GUGCUAUUUGUUUCUGGGGAAAUGGCCUCAAGCAGAGCCGCUCAUUGAGGAAAUGGCACGCUCGAACCGCACGCCGGACUUGGCCAUCCCAAAUUUGCUGCACGCCCUCGCCUUGACACACCUGACGCAGUCCUCUUCCCGAAGAGCAAUAAAGUUGUGCAGACAGUCCCUGAACAUGAAGAAACGGCUGAUUGGGUCCGACCACGCCGAGUACUAUCAAACGAUGGAACUUCUAGCCACCGCCUAUGAAUUGGAGGUGGAACCAAUGUAUGGCGAGAUUCUCAGAAACUUCAUCCCCACGUCCUUCGAGUGCAAGAGUCACCCGCCCGAUGUCCUUGACUUCAUCACAAACCACCCGGGACUUCUUGAUGGCGUUUUUGGCACCGAUGCUACCCCCUGGGCAACUGCGCUAGAAUCUGAUGGCCUAAGAUUGCCGGUUGUCGAGCUUUGGAAUACCGGCGUUCCGAGGCCCUCUAUACCCCCACCAGAACUCGAGGACUCGUCUCGACCCAUACCGCUCUUCGAGAAGGACUCGGAUCCGCCCGCCCCUAUCAACCUCUGGGACGCUAAUUCGAACACCCGCGUUGAGAAUCAGCGCACUGGAAUUGACCCAUACCCAAUACGAGAUGGCCAGAAGGGCCUGUCGGGUAGGACACGGUGGACGCAGGUGCUUACAGGGGAAAACACCAGGGCACGUGAUACACCGGAAAGGCGAGCGUCGCUCGGCUUGAAUUCGCUAGACCUCGCGGGUACAUCUAGCACAUAUGCACUCCAAGCGAGACAAACGGAGACCAGGAGACGGUGGUUGUCGAGGAUCGUGCCAGAAGGAAUGCGUCACAUGACCUGGCAAGCAUCAAAUCACCGGAAGCUACAAAAGAAGAGGACGGGGUUUCAACAAACUGCAACUAAUCUAGGUCCUCGCACAAGGCAGUUGAUAGAGCAGGGAGUAAGACAGCGCAUGGUUGAACCACUAGCACCUACUCCCCAAUCAUAUGCCUCACUGAGCAUGGACAGAUUUUCAACCAUGGCAGUGUUAGCUCCUGAAGAUUCUCAAUCAACGGGCGAGCCAGUCCAGCAUGUUUGGAAUCUUGUGGCCUCCCGAUACGUUGAUGCCUUGGUCGACCCUAGGGCCCACGGCAAGAAUCAUGGCAAUUCUUCCGCCGACAUUGCGGCCCCUGUCGAACUUGAUAGCACUCCCCUGGGUCGUGACGAUCCUGUCGCCAACUACGUUGCCCCUGUUGAACUUCACAAUACGUCUCUCCCAGUCGAAUUGCCGCUGUCUGACCCCUGGACCCGGCCAAUAUUUCAACACAGAUCGACGGCGUCCUCAACAUCAAAUUCAGAUUAUCUCGAUUACCCUGCGUCCUGCGACUCUCCAACUCUUGGUGCUCAAUUCACGCCGCCGACCUCGAGAGAGAGUCUCCCUAUAGGUACGACCUUCAACAGUACACACCCCAUGACCGAAGAUGCGAUGAGAUGUUUUGAUACCGGGUGGUCGGGGAUUGCAUCAUCAGAUAGCAUCGAGAUCGAAGAAGAAAAGAUCGAAAUACUUUCGCUCGAAACCGACGUUUAUGAGACAGAUACAAUUCCAGACAGGCCUGAGACAGAUCUGACAAGUGAGGCGAAGGCGGGUCUUACAAGACAUAAUAUCAUCGAACACCGCAAAAUUUCCGAGACACUCCCAGAGCGCACCCUCAGUUUGAGCAUCGACACAGCCAACACGUCUCCGAUAUCCUGUCCUCGAGCACCAUUUGACAUCGAGAAGGAAUCACCAAAGCCCCGCUGGAGAAGUCACCUUACUCCAGGCCGACGCAGGAGACGCCAAGGCAACUUGAAGAGCGGAGAGCGGAAGUCGAUGAUAUCAAACACCUCCCCGUGUUUUUACACUGCCUCACGACUUUCCGCGACGGCAUGCGCUCGACACAUACCAACCGCCUGACAUCAUGUGAUGAAAGUUGGAACAGAGCAGGUUGUAAGGGGGUACAGAGGGGUCUCUUUUUAGCUUAUCACAUCAACGUACUGCAGUGAUUAUUGAGAUAUUUUAAAUGUCCCUGUAUUUCUCAG